AUUAUAACCAAGCACGCGUAUAUUCCUUCCAUAACCGCGUGAUGAACUAUAGCUAUAUAACAAUGGCUGAAACUAACUAGAAACCGAAAAAGUCUCCCAGAAGUCACACUUUCCCUAUUAUAGUCUCUCUCUGUAAUGGCAAAAAGCGGAAGCGAUCCGAAAGCGGCGGUGAUUUCUGGCGGCGCGAUGGGGGAAGUGGAGAAGGUGUUCAGGAAGUUUGACUCGAAUGGCGACGGCAAAAUCUCGCUGUCGGAGCUCGGAGCGAUUCUGAAUGCGCUCGGCUCCAAGACGUCGGCGGAGGAGGUGAAGCGCAUAAUGCUGGAGGUCGAUACUGACGGCGACGGAUUCAUCGAUAUGGAGGAGUUCGCGGCUUUCCACUGCUCCAGCGACGGAGGAUCCGACUCCGAGGACAAGGACCUCCGCGACGCCUUCAGCCUGUACGACAAGGAUAAGAACGGGAAGAUCUCCGCCAGCGAGCUUCACUCGGUGAUGAAGAGCCUCGGAGAGAAGUGUUCGCUCAAGGACUGCCGCCGCAUGAUUAGCUCCGUCGACGUCGACGGCGACGGCUGCGUUAACUUCGAGGAAUUCAAAAAGAUGAUGGCUAGGUCUUGAGCCUUGAUCAUUCAGUUUAGCCGAGUUUCGAAAUUAACGGUAGGUUUAGCAUUUAAGUAGUUUGAUCUGAUUAGAUGCUUAUUGCAUGGCUGUAUUACUGUCCAAACUUCAUACUUUUUUUUUUCGGCCAAAAGCUGUUGAUAUGACUGGAUUACGAUUUAUUCCAAAUAUUUCUACGGUUAUUCCGAUCCAAGUCCAAUUUC